UCUUGCGUUGUGGGGACCAAAAGUCAGGUCCCCAUAAGGGAAAGCCAUAUAAAUGAUUAGAGGAGCUGUUUUGAAGGUGAUGGGCGGAGUUUCAGCGAUGGCCCAUAACACACGUUUAUCCGUGAAUGUGUGAGUGUGAAGGGAGUGCUCAGCUGCGCCCCCAAACAUUUCUCAGCGGUACUGCGCGCGCUUCUUCACACACACGUUAUCUAUAUAUGGUAGGCCCCGCCCACUUCCUCGUCCUCAUUAGGAACGAUAUCAGCAGCAAUAUGAAAAUAUGCGUAUUAAGUGGACACUUUACACGGACAGACGAUAAGAAGACUUUACAGGAGAUACCGACUCGAGGAGAUUGUUUGAGAUUCGAGGAGAUUCUGAAGUUGUGCAGAGCAAAAAGUUAAAUAAAAGAUUGAAAUGCCACCACGAAUCAGCCCUCUUAAGGAUGCCAUGCAUCAUGUUGUCACGAAGUCUGACAAAACUAAAUUAGAGGUGAACUACAUCAAUGCGGUGAAAGGACGUGGAUUAUUUGCAAAAGGUUCCUUUUGCAAAGGAGAUUUUAUUGUGGAGUACAGGGGUGAGUUGAUCAAUUAUGCAGAGCUGGAGAGGAGAAGAAAACUCUACCACCCAUCCUGUGCUGUUUUUAUGUUCGAGUUUAAGUGGAGAGGGAAAACAUGGUGCAUUGAUGCAUCUAGGGAAGAUGGAUCAUUUGGGCGGUUAGUUAACGAUGACCACCAACAUCCAAAUUGUAAGAUGAAGAAAAUCGAUGUGAAUGGAAAGGCACACCUGUGUUUAUUUGCGCUGAAAGACAUUAAAGAAGGAGAAGAAAUCACAUAUGAUUAUGGGGGAGACGACUGCCCAUGGAGAACCCAAGAGAGCAGCAUUGCUGCUAAUAGCAGAGCAGCAGGUGACUCUGAUGCUUCUCUCCAGUCACAGACUCCAGUGGAUGAUGCUUCUCUCCAGUCACAGACUCCAAUGGUUGAUGCUUCUCUCCAGUCACAGACUCCAGUGGAUGAUGCUUCUCUCCAGUCACAGACUCCAGUGGAUGAUGCUUCUCUCCAGUCACAGACUCCAGUGGAUGAUGCUUCUCUCCAGUCACAGACUCCGGUGGAUGAUGCUUCUCUCCAGUCACAGACUCCAGUGGAUGAUGCUUCUCUCCAGUCACAGACUCCGGUGGAUGAUGCUUCUCUCCAGUCACAGACUCCAGUGGAUGAUGCUUCUCUCCAGUCACAGACUCCAGUGGAUGAUGCUUUUGGUCAAACCAGGUCUCCUCAACAGAUUGCAACCCAGAACCACAGUGAAAAUGAGAUUUUUGUGCCAAAACUGAGACGGACUAAAAGUGUCAUAAUGAAAGAUACAAAUCUUGAAGAUUCUGAUGAGCUCUUUGAUUCUACACCAGAGAGUUCCGAUGAUUAUGUUCCAGAUACCACUUCUGAAAGUGAAAGUGAUGUUAGCCUUACACUAAACCAGGCAAAACGUCGGCUUCUUGAUGAACUGGAUAUUGAUCAGUCUGGCUCAGUGAGUUGCCCUGAUUGUGACACCACAACGUCAGACAAAAUGCACAAUGUUGCGUCUGAAGCAUCUGGAACAGGAGAAGAACCCAGUUCAAGUCAGAACACAACAGACGGAAUAGUUGUUAGUGCAUACCAAAAAAGAGAUGGUGCUAGAGUGUACAACAAGAGACAUUACUGCUUGUACUGCAGUAAACCCUAUGCUAAGAUGGCAAGGCAUCUAGAAAGUUCACAUGAAAAUAAGUCUGAUGUGGCUAGAGCUCUAAGCUUUCCAAAGGGUUCAAAGGAGAGGAAAAACCAGCUUGAUUAUAUUCGCAACAGAGGAAACUAUGCUCACAAUGCAGCUGUUAUGGAGUCAGGAAAGGGGGAACUAGUGCCAUUUAAACGACCACGUAAAGAAGUGCAGGGAGAAGAUUUCAUGCAUUGUGCAUACUGUCAAGGACUUUUUACAAGAAAGGUCCUGUGGAGACACAUGCGUACUUGUAGACUUCAACCACAAUCAGACCCUCCCAAACCAGGAAAAAACCGUGUUCAGUCCAUGUGUACCUACACAGGGCCUGUGCCUUCAAACAUGACCAAACAACUGUGGGGAGUAAUCAGUGCCAUGAAUCCUGACCCAAUCACAGAUAUAAUAAAAAAUGACAGAGUAAUUACUGAUAUUGGGCAGCACUUGUUGAACAAAGGUGGGCUAUCAGAUAAGAAUAAACAAUGUGUGCGGGAGAAGAUGCGAGAACUGGGAAGAUUGAUUCACAAUGCCAGGAAAGUCACCUCCUUAAAAACACUGGAAGAUUGUGUAAAUCCAAAGAAGUACAUGGAGACCGUCAAAGCUGUUAAGUAUACAUGUGGGUAUGACAGUGAAACCGACAAAUUCUUGAUUCCAUCUCUUGCUAACAAGCUUGGGAAUUCCCUGGUUAAAGUAUGCAAACUCUUGAAAGCUCAGGGCUUAAUCUCCAAUGACAAACAGCUUGUGAAGAAUGCCAGUGAGUUUCAAGAAGUCCAUGCGAAUAAGUGGAACGAGAUGAUUUCUGCUACAGCAUUGAGGAAUAUCAGGGAAGCAAAGUGGAAUGUGCCCACGCUCAUGCCCUUUACUGAAGACGUACAAAAACUGCAUACUUUUCUCAGUCAAGUGCAAGAUGAGUGGUUCAACCUGCUCUCUGAAAGUCCAUCUACUAAAGCCUGGAUGGAGCUGGCCAAGGUGUGUCUAGCUCAGAUGAUUCUCUUUAAUCGGCGGAGAGAAGGAGAGGUGGCGAGCAUGCCUUUGUCUGUGUUUUUAUCAAGAGACACUUCUGAUCCACAUGAGGAUGUGGACUGGGCUCUCUCCGAAGUGGAGAAGAAACUCUGCAGACACUUCACAAGGGUUAUCACCAGGGGAAAGCGUGGUCGGCCAGUUCCAGUCCUUCUGACUCCAAAAAUGCUGUGUUCCUUAGAACUCCUUGUUAAGCAGAGAGAGGCGUGUGGGGUUUUAAAAGACAAUGCCUAUAUGUUUGCUAGACCAGAAGCCAUGACACAUUUCCGAGGGUCAGACUGCCUCCGUGGCUUUGCAAAGGCUUGUGGUGCAAAGUGUCCCAAGGCACUGACAUCUACCAGGCUGCGUAAGCAUGCCGCGACCCUUUCAACAGUGCUGAACAUGACCGACACCGAGAUGGACCAGCUGGCAAACUUUCUCGGGCACGACAUCAGAAUCCAUCGUGAGUUCUAUCGACUCCCUGAGAAGACCCUGCAACUAGCCAAGAUCAGCAAAGUUUUAAUGGCUCUUGAGCAAGGAAGAUUAGCUGAGUUCCAUGGCAAGAACUUGGAUGAAAUUGGGAUAGAUCCUGAUGAAAAAGUAGUUGACUGUGAUGAGGAAGAACAAGUUAAUGACUGUGAUGAGGAAGACCAGAGCAUACAAGAGGGACCCUGUUCAUCUACUGUUGACGCUUCAGCCGAGGUGGCACUUCCUGCUACCGAGAGGAAUAUGUCACACAAGAGAGGCAAACCAUCAUCAGAAGUGCCGAUGUCUUCAGGAGCCAGUGCUAUGAGACCACCUUGCAAAGGUAAAAGUAGCCAGAAGAAAGCUCCCUGGCAGCAGGCAGAGGUGCAGGCGGUGGAAAGGCACCUGAAGUCAUUCAUCAUAUCUGGCACUGUACCAGCAAAGAGUGACUGUGAGAAAUGCUUGAAAGCUGAACCACAAGCUCUGAGGAACCGCGAUUGGAAGACAGUAAAAUUUUAUGUUUAUAAUCGCAUUACAGCUUUCAAAAAGAAAUUGCAGUGCAGAUAAUACUGUAAAGAUGCAACUAUCUGGCAUGGCAAGUUUUGUUAAAGUUAAAGCCACAGCAGCACUUAAAGAAAUAGAAUAACUUAAACCGUUAAACCAGUGCAAGGCCACACGCUGAAAGCAUUGGUCUAACAAAAGUUGAAAUCCAUGUUUGUGAAAGGAAGCAUGGUGAGAGUUUAUAUAUAUAUUUUUUUUUACAUUUAGUAUAACAGGACUUUUGAGGUUUUGUUUUGAGGUUUGACUUAGAGUUAUGUGAAAUUUAACUAAAUAAAAGUUGAAUUCAGUCAUUUUAAUCUGAAUUAUUGUCUUGAAGUUCAAGUAGUAGUAGGUUUAUUGUAUUGAUAAGUAUCCAGUGAGUAGUAGCUGAUGUGGGGUGGUUGGCUGGGGCUAAACACUACUUUAAAAUAAUUUAAAGAAAGAAUAGUUCGAAGUGGAAAGGUUUAAAUGUUUGACUUGUGGGUAUGAUAUGAGUUGGAACAUAUACAGGCAAUCAUUCACUAUGCUAAAUCCUUUGUAUUCACAUGUGCAAAAUGCAACUUAGAGUCGUCCUAACUGAAGAUAACUUGCACUGAAGGAUUUGUAAAACAUGUCAGUGCCAUUGUUUUGUCUCAAAAUGCAAACCAGUAAUGUUUUUUUCUAAGGCAUUUUAAUAGAAGCUGUUUCUAUACCCAGAGGUGGGUAGUAACGAGUUACAUUUACUUCGUUACAUUUACUUGAGUAAUUUUUGGGGGUAACUAAUACUUUUCGGAGUAUAUUUAAAGACUUUAUACUCUUGCUUGAGUAAAUUUUUUUGGGA